AUGGGGUGCGGGAGCAGCAGCAUAUCGAAGCACAUGCCGUCUAUGAUGCUUUCCGAAGGCGCCGCGUACGGCAAGGCGCGAAAGUCGGCGGCUAAGGACCUUGUCGACGCGCACAAGGAGUUUUAUAACGCGUCCUCCGCUUACGCGGACUCUCUUAAAACCGCCGGCACCGCGCUGCUGAUCUACUGCGAGGGGACAAAUAUCUUCAUCGGAUCCGCGCUCGGCGCGAAUGUUCCGCCGCAGGCCUUCCAGAACGUUCCGCCCGUGCAGGUGUCGGAAGUUCCCGGGGAAGCUGCGGCCGCGGGAGAUCCGGCGGAGUACGCGGCGGGAAACGCGGUGGAGCGAAGUGGGUCGGGGGCGUCUAAUUCUAUUGUGGUCGCGGGGGUCGCGGGUUCCGGAAGUUCCGCCGCGUUGCCGGCGCCGAGUCCCGUUCCGCCGCAGCCGGUUGCGCCAUCCCCGUCCCCUCCCCCUCCGCCAAGAGACGCGGCCCCUGCGGGUGCUCCUGGCGCAACUCCUCCGCCAGGCCCCGGCGGUCUUCCGCCAGCCUGUCCGUACGGCUCCGCGCAGUAUCCGCCGCCUCCGCCCGGUUCCACUUACCCUCCGCCUCCUCCCGGUUCCGGUUACCCUCCGCCGCCCCUGAUCGGCGGCGGAGCUCCUCCCCCGCCGGGAGGUUCCGCGUAUCCCCCGCCGCCCCCGUAUCAAGGCGCUCCGCCGCCCUAUCAGGGCACUCCGGCCGCCGCUUUCCCACAGUCCAACUCUGGCGGGUAUGGCCCCCCUCCGCCGUAUCCCCCCCAGGGCACUCCCGCCCCGCCGUUCCCCGGAUAUGGCUCCCCCGGCGGGGCUCCGCCUCCCCCGGGGGGUUACUCGGGGGUAUAUCCACCCCCUCCGCCCCCUGGCGGAGCGUACGGCGGUCCCCCGCCUCCGCCCGCGGGCGGAGCGGGGGGAUGGGAGCAGCGGCCGCAGGCGCAGCUUCCGCCUCCGCAUCCCGCGGGAAGUUCUGGGCAGCUGCUGAGCAGCUCCGGGAAUCUCGGCGCACCAGGCGCGGCAGGCGCUUCGGGAGUUAUGGGCGCUUCGGGAGUGAUGGGGGGAACAUCAGGGAUGCUUGGCGGAUCGGGGCAAAUAAUAGCCUAUGUUGGUCCUAGCGGCGGCGCGGUGCUAGGCGACAAAUGGGCGGACGAGUUCGCUAAGAAGGUGAACGCGCAUUUCCUGGAAGCUUCCGCGCGGAUCACGGCGCUGGUGGAGCUACUUAGAAUCGCAGCGCCUAUCCCGAAGAACGCGAUUCCGCCGCUGACGGUGGCGGCGGCUACUAAGGAGGGCGGGCAGCUGGAGAGUAUUGGCGACACGGUUCAGAAGCUGCUUAACUGGGAGCGCGAUAUUAAGGACAAGAUUUGGGAAAUGGAGACGAUUCGCACGGAGUUGAAGAGCAAGGACAAGCGCGUGCGCAAGGAGACGGCGCGCGCGAGCGGGAACGCGAACGCGGAUCCGCGGAAGCUGGAGGGCGCGCAGGUGAAGCUGGGGGACGCGCAGCACCGCAUGGCGGGCGCGAGCGAGCGCGUGGUGACCGCGUGUCACGCUGUUGAGGCGUAUAAAACGGACCUUCUCUUCCCCAGUUGCUGCGCCUUCUGCCCUGCCUGGUAUCCACGUGGCACUCUCUCUCCCAGCUUGCUGGUCGCCCAGCAAUCUUGCAAGAUUUCUCUCCACAGUGAUUCCACUCACUCCCCUCUCCACCCCCACGCCCCUUGCAGGUUCCCAGCACCACCAAGCGGCAGCACGAGGCGACUAAGAAGCCGGCCCUCCUCAGUGCUGCCAGAUUGCCAGAAGCUGCCUCUGAGGUCACAUUGCUUACGCUCACUCCUUCCCCAUCUGCUGCCACAGGUUCCCAGCACCACCAAGGCGCAGCACGAGGCAACCAAGAAGCUGGACGACGCGUUUAAGAAGUGGCACUCCUCUCUCAGUGUGCUGUGUGCAGCACAGCGCAAGUUCUUCUCAGCUUUAAUCACCUGGGUGCGCAAGACCCUCGCCUUCCCCCCAGACUUCCCCAAGCCUCCUCUCCCCGGCACGGCCCCUCCCCCGGGCCAGUACGUGGCCAGCUGGGCGCCUGGCACUGCUCCCCCGCCCCCGCCUCCCCCACCAGGCCAGCAGCACGUGGAGGGGCCGCUGGUGGCACUGGGUAACGACUGGGUGAGGACGAUGGACCGGCUGCCAGAGAAGGAGGUGAAGGAUGCCGUGAUGGGGUUCUGUGGGUGGAUCAGCCAGGCUUAUGAGCGGCAGAGUGCAGAGAUGAAGCAGCUCAAGCUUCUGCAGGACAGCUUGAAGCAGUUGUCCAAGCAAGAGUCGAAGCUAGAGCAGCUGCAGCAGAAAGAGAGAGAACUGCAGCUGGCCCUGGGAGGCCCAGCAGCAGCAGGCGCAGAGACACCAGCAGAGCAGCAGGCAAAGCAAGCAAAAGCAGCAGCAGCAGCAGCUGAGGUUGCCAGCGGCAGGAUUGCUCUGGAGAAUGCGAGAAAGAAAGUGAAUGCGGAAAGUGUGGCCUUAGAGAGGCUAGGGGCUGAUGCCAGGGCAGCUGCUUUGUCAGGGCUGAGACAGGGUCUGCCAGUAGUAUUCGAGAAUGCUGCAAGGUUUUCAGGGACGGCAUCGCAAGCGUAUGCCAUGUUGCAGACACAGCAUGCGCCAUGGCUUCCAGUGCAGGUGUAG